UUUUCUUAUCGUUAUGAAAGUGUCGGUCGAAGUGCAUUUUUGUCGCGCAACUUGAUUUUAUUUAACAUUUAUUAAUUUGUUCCGGUAAAGGUCGUACUGUGGCAAGUAUAGCAAAAUGGCUUCUACUGGGCUCUUAAUUGUGUCCAAUGUAAAGCAAGUGGGAAAAUCAUUGCGUGCUAUAGAGAAAUAUGUAGGUAAAAUAUAUAUUCACUUAAAUAUCCCCGCGGAAAAAACACAGCCAUUGCCUAUUUGGGGGCACUUGAUAUCUCAAUUGUAUGUCGACCAUAAUCAAUUGUGCAGUAAGAAUAUAUCUUUGAGCAUUUUGGUGGGAUCGUUGAGAGAUCAAGGAGUCAAUGCACUGCAAAUAAGGCCAGUUGAUAUGUUGUUCUCUGAUAGUCAUUACCCAGAACUCUGUGAACGCAUGGUCGAACAUUUUAAAAUAUCCAGUCAACCGAUUUACCUACAACAAGAUGAAAACAUGAGUAUUAGUUGUGAUCAAGAAAAUGUGAACGAGCCUAAUAAAAUGUACGAUACUGUAGUAGUGGGUGGAACCUUUGAUCGUAUACAUGUAGGGCACAAGAUAUUCCUUACCCAAGCUGUAAUACGCUGUUGUCGCCGUUUAGUGGUUGGAGUAACAACAAGUAAAAUGAACAAGUCUAAAAUUCUUCCGGAACUAAUCUUGCCCGUUGAAUCUCGAAUAGCUGAGAUGCGGGAUUUUCUCACGGAAAUUGAUGCAAGUUUACAAUAUGAAAUCGUCCCAAUUAAUGAUCCCUUUGGGCCAACAAAAAGCGAUCCUAAUAUGGACAUGAUAGUGGUUAGCGCCGAAACGUUAAAGGGUGGUCAUAAAGUAAAUGAGGUACGAACCAAAAAUAAUUUGCGACCUCUUGAAAUACACUGCGUAGGACUUGUUGAAUCCACAGACUUAAGUGGCGGUCCAAAAGAAAAGAAAAUGAGUUCUAGUAAUACACGUAUUGACUUAUUGGGAACUCGGCUGAAACAACCCGAGCCGCGUCCCAAUAUCUGCGAUAAGCCAUAUAUAAUAGGUUUAACAGGUGGUAUAGCAUCUGGAAAAAGUAUUAUGUGCGAUAGGUUGCUUAAAAAGGGUGCACAAAUUUUAGAUUGCGACAAGAUUGCGCAUCAAAUAUACGAGCCAGAUCAAGUUUGCUAUCAGAAAAUAAUUAAUCACUUUGGAAAAGAUAUUGUGAACAAAGAUAGACGAAUAGAUCGCAAAAGACUUGGUGAAAUUGUUUUCAACGAUCCUAAACAAUUAGAAACUUUGAAUAAUAUUGUUUGGCCUGAACUAUUAACAGAGGUUAAAAAACGUAUACGCACUGUUCACGAUCAGCAUAAAUGCGAUGUUGUAGUAAUAGAAGCAGCUAUAUUAUUAAAAGCUGGUUGGGAAAAUGAAUGUCAUGAAGUAUGGUCAACAAUAGUUACACCUGAUCUUGCGGUGCAGCGCAUUACUCAACGCAACGGUUUAAGCGAAGAAGAAGCUCGAAAACGUGUCGAUAGUCAAAUGGAAAAUAGUGAGGUAGUAUCCAAAUCACACAUUGUUUUUAGUUCGCAGUGGUCAGAUGAGUUCACCCAACAACAAGCAGAUAAGGCAUGGUCCAUUCUAAUGGAUGAUAUAGAAAAGCGGAAACUAAAUAAAUUGGCUACUGACGAAUAUUCCAACAACAGCCGUCUUUGAUUAACACCUUGAAAUUUUUGAAUAAUAAUGUAAAUAAUAUAAACAUAUAUAAGAAAUGUCAAAUAAAGGUGAAUGUGUAAAUAAAUAGUUGAUGAAACCGAUUGUAAA